GGUGUUUAGGGUGUUUGCGGGCAUAAUGAAAUAUAACACUGUUGGUUUUUUUUAUUUAUAUUAUUUGAUAUAUUACAAUUAUUUACAAUAUUUGUUUAUCUAUUUUUUUGUUUUUACGUUCUUUUAAUGCUUCGGUCGUUAGUUUUUCUAGAUGAAAUAGUUUUUCUAGUUUUUCCUUUUCCCGUUUUAUUGUUUCUAAAGCUUGUUCGCGUUCUUCUGCAAUGUACGUGUAGCAUCCGAAAUGUUUUACAUUGUAUGUUUCUAUGGUUUCACUACACGUUGUUAAAAUCGUUUUCCGUUUUUUCUCGCUACCGUCCAGAGCAAGUAGAAUUAGAUCUUGUGAUGUUAUUUUGUCUUGGUCCGACUGAUCAUUUGCGAUACGCGUUAAAUGAACGUGUUUAUUAGGUCGACCACUGUUUGCUUUCCGUUUACGAUUCGUAUGGUUACUUUUCAGGUUGUCGAUAUUUUUACCCCGGGGUUUAGGUUUGGGUGGGGAAGCGGGUGGUGGUGUGGGUGGUGGCGGCGGGGGUGCACGUUCCAGUAAUGGCGGCGGGGUAUCGACACGCGGUGAUAUUGGAGGCGAUUGGUUAUCGCUACUUGUUUCUAGUACUUCAGUCGUGGGUUCUAGUAAAUAUUCUUCGUUGCCGAAGACAUCGGGGUUUAUUAAGUUUAGCAGAUCUUGGUUGCUGUUUAAUGCUUGAUAGCUGUAUACGGGAGAAGGGUUGAUAUAAUUGGGCUGCUGUUGAAAUAUCAUCGGACUUGCCAUCGUUGGCUGUUGUAAUAUCGUUGAACUUGGCGUUGUUGGGUUAUAGGUAGGUGCUUGCGUCAUCCAUCUGAUGUAGGCUUUCUCGAAUGUUGUAAGUUGUGGAUGACUUAAUCUGAAAAAUUGAAAGUCCGUAAAUCGCUGUAUGUAAAACAGUCGAUUUGCGUCGUUUUCUUCGACUCCUUGAUACUCAAAGAAGAGCUUUAAAUCUUGCUGUUGUUGUGUCGAAACCAUCGUGCUGAAUAAAUCGUCUACGUAAAGUGUUGGGUUUACUAUUGUAAAAGUAGAUUACCCUAUUUGGAAUUGUUGUGUUUGAAGUAAAUUACCUUUUAUGGUCAUGUAAAUUACCUUAUAUGGGAUGUAAGUAAAUAUGAAUGAUCGAUUUAUUUUUUAGUCAUGAAUGAAGUAAUGCUAAGAAUUCGGUUAUUGACACGAAAUGCGAUAAUGAAAAUAUGGGCGGAUCCUAACAUCUUAUUCACCCUUUUGCUGACGUUGUUGUUUCUACUAUGGAUUCGAUAUUCGUGGCCGGAAUGCACGGGUGAUUGCUUCGAGACGAUUACUGAAAUUGUGCGCGAAGUUGGUAGUUCAACUAUGCAGGUUAUGGAAGGUAAGCAGUACGAUAAGGGUUUGAAAAAACUUAUACAACGUACUACAUUGAAAGAUCGAUUAGUAAAACAAACGUCUUUUGUUUGGUAUUAUAAAGAACAUGUUUUUUCAAAUAUAAAAUACGUGCUAGAUAGCGGGAGGUGUCAACGAGCGUAUGGAAUUGAUAAUUUUAAAAUACGGUUGGUGGAUUUGACCAGACGCGUGGAGCAUUAUAGUGUAUGUCGUGUACCCAUUGAGUUUAGAAAAGACGGUAGCGAAAGUUUUUUUGAUCAAGAGUUUUAUGGUUAUCCGACGUUAUUUUGUGUAUUAGACGAAGCAUUACAGGAAGUAUAUACAAAACCCACGGAUGAAUGGUCAAUUAUAAAAUUGUUUGCAGGCAAAACAGGCGUGCUAAUAAAUUAUGCGAUGAUCGAGGAAAUUUUAACGGAUUUACGUAAACAGGAUUGUUAAUUUUUUGUAGAUCAAGAAUUUUGAAAAAAUGGGCGACGACGUGUACAUUGAUAUUCUCGAUACAUAUUUACCUACCGACAACAUUCCCGAACAAAGUAUACAGCAAGAUGAGUUUGAACAGAAAAGUAACAAUGUGCGUGACAUACUAGAAAAGGAUUUGGCGUUACAUAGUUUUUUAACUACUUUCUCAAGAAAAUGGCCCUUAAAAUUACACAUGUUUCGAUCGUUGAGGAUUUUUCAACAGGGUGAAAUUGUAAAAUUUCCACAUAUUUAUUUUUAUUUUUUGGGUAUAACGAUUUGCGAGAAAACGGGUAAACGGACAGUAUCCGUUGGAUUUAUGUGUUGGAGUCGUGAACUUUAUGCAACAGUCGACAUUGUUUUUCAUGUCUAUCCUCGACUUUCAAAAUACGUAAUACCCCAAAAAUAUGGUUUACCCUACGUUGAAGUGUGCAAUAAGGUUAACGUGUUAUAUCGCAUCCCCGUGUUAUUUAACGACGACGAGCCGAGCAUUGAGAAAUUUAUUCGAGAACGUACGGCUGCCUAUAUAGAAUCUAUAUCGGACUAUUUAGGGUAUGCUACGAUCGACAAAUCUCGUAUGUAUGCUUCAAGACGAACAAACAGUUACGGAUCAUAUCGUCUGACAAGUAUUUUGCAAUAUCAUUUUAAAAUGGUGAGAAAACUACGUUUUUACAUGAUAGAGUCUUGUACCGGUCGGGGAUGUGAUAUGAAUAUGUCGUAUCAUGCAAUAGGAUAUACCCACCCAUCGUGUACGUGUGAUUGGUUGUACAAAGACAUGCUUAGGUAUUUUGUUGAUGCAAAGCGAAUUUGUAGCGACGACGUGUACUUUAUAAAUGGACGAGAUCCUGCAAAAUUCCUUUAUUGGUGAAAAUGAAAAUAAAAUUGAAAUCGAAAAGUUGUUACGGGAAGAUGAUAAACUUAUUAAAAUGUUGAAAGAAAUAUUAGUUGAUUAUUUAAAAGUAGUUUCGAGGGAUCCCGAAGAUGAUAUUGCUUGUGAUAUUUUGAAUAACGGACUCAUCAUGUCAUUUCCACGCGUUUAUUUUUAUUUUAAAAACAUGUACUAUGUACCCUCAACUCGUACGAGACGUGUCAUUUUGGGUUUUGUGUGUAUCGCAUUGGGCGUACACGCAUCGAUCGAAAUUGAUUUUAAUAUUUACCCCACGGCAUCUAAGUACGUAUCGUCGGAUCGCAUAUGGAUUCCACCUCAUUGGUGGGUUACAAGCGAUAUAAAAUUGUUGGCUGCGGACGAAGAAUAUACUGGGGAUAUUUUUCAUUAUGUAUAUAUCAAAAGACAAAAAUUUUUGAUUGGAUCAGUGUAGAACGUGUACAGACGCGGAUAUGCGAGAAGUUUGUAGUAAAGUGUUACGUAUGUAUCCUUCUUUUCGUUUGGGACGUAUUUUAAAAUAUUUAUUUAAUAUGCAAUUGGAAAUAAAAAUGUUUAUGACGUCAUCGUGUUCAUGUAGUCGAUGGAGUGGGCGGGUUCUGGAAAACAUUCAGUAUAUGCAUCCUCGAUGCAAGUGUACUGAAUUGUGCUCUAAAAUUAUACUCGAAAGAUUUCCCGAUUGCAGAUACGUGUGUGCGUAAAUGGCAAUGAUGUUCUGUUAUGCAAAACCCUGUGACGAAGAUAGUGAUAUUCACAAGAUGUUUUCCCGUAUGUAUCCCGAGACUCGAAGUACGACGUCUAUAUUGUAUAAAGAAAAUAUAUAUCACGCGAAGUACUAUUUGUUUAUGAUUGUUAAGCAUGUGGAUUUACAGCGAUCGAUAUUAUCGGUGGAUAUAAAUUUUACGCGUACGAACAACAUGAAAAGACAUUGUAUAUCAAGAGUUCUCAUAAAAUGGAAGCCCUGUAUCGAUUAUCGGGGUGUAAUACGACAAUCGGUGGGGUGUCGUUUUAAAAUGGGUACGGGUUGUGAUCACGCGUUUGUCGAGGGUUAUAACGAAAUGUCGCGUAUGUCUUCGGAUAUUUUUUCUUAUUUAUAUCGUGAAGCAAGUAGACGAGAACAAAACAAGGAUACAUGCGAUCACUUUAAAACGUUAUAUAUAAAAUAUGAUACAUUUGUGUCUGAAAACUUUAUCAGUGACGUUAUAAAGUAUGCACGUAGAUAUUUUGAAAAUCAAAAAUAUAUAAGAGAUAAUUGUAGUUGUAAUGUAGCGUUUAUACAUUGUAAAUGCAAGAAGGUAAUAAACGAAUUUGAAAAAUAUUUUUUAUCAUUUGUGUUUUGUGUUUGGAGUAUGGAGGUUGUGGAAAGUUGGUUUGCCAAACAGCAUGGUCAGAUACAAGAAUGGGAAAAAAAGUAUAUACAACAGUAUCAACGAGAUAUUGUAAAUCGAAUUACUCACGUUAUGGACUGCGAAGCAUAUACGAUUGCAAAAAAUAAAGUAUAUUUGCGAGAGGUAUCUAUUUAUCGCGUAUGUGAUCAAAGGGUGUCUUCGUUUCAAAUAUACAUGCCCAAUUUGUAUUUGAAUCCUAAAAACGUGCAUUAUCAAAUAAAAUAUGUACACGGUCUGCCCUUGGUGCAUCGAAAAUAUAACGAGGAUUUUUUACAAUAUCACGAAAUAUUUCGGGUGUUAACUGAUGAAUUUAUGACAUCUGCCGAUUUAGUGGCGUAUAAGGGUGGAACGAUCGAAAGAGAUUUAUUACGUAAAUUGGGCAGUAAGGGUAUUAACCUUGAAUUAUUAGGGUGCGACAAGUAUGAAAACUUGAUUACCAAAUAUGGUAUGACACCGAAACGAUGUCCGUAUCAUAACGAGGGCAACUAUCAUUGUUCUCGACACGAAGUAGAAGUGUUUGCACGGUUUCUAAAGGAGUUAAAAUGAGUGCACUAUCAGCAUUUCACGCGUUGUUAUUAAAUUAUCAAUUUCAUCCUAUACCAUGGCGUUUGUAUAGCGUAAAUCGUGCUUUACGUAGUAGAAAACCACGUAUGGACAAAACUCGAAUAGUUCAAUGGUAUCAUUUAUCCAAAAAAUCUUGGUUAGGGGGUGCAGGCGAGGGUGUACGUACGAUUAUUUGUUACGACGACAAGUUUAAAGACGCUGACGGUAAUCCCACGGUGGAAGCAGAAAUUUCGUCGCAUUUCGGAAUCAACGAUCGGUAUGUGAUCCCACGUGAAUGGAUGAGUAGAAUUUAUGCCAUAGAAGAUGGUCGAUAUGUUCUUGCCGAUCGAGAAUUUUGUUGCCGUCAAAUUCUUAAACGAUCCGACUGUAAAUUGGUUCGUUGCCAAUCUUUGAACGUACCCGAAUUUAUGUUGAUGAAUGAAGCGUAUUUUCAUAUCGGUUGUGGACCCUGUUGGCAAGAAAUAGCCUACUUAUUUGCAGACGUCGCCAUAUUUUUAGGGAUAAAACCCAUGGCAGAUCUGAUUGAAACGAUGAAGUUUAAAACUGAUAUUUUAUAUAUAGUAUAUGUAUUGGGUGAUGAGUACGAUAUGACUUUAGAAUUUAUUGACAGCAACGCAAAUAAAACGCAUUACUCUAAUACUGCUAUUCAAAAUAUUUUAAAACAUAUUUUAGUUUGUAAAGUAUGCAAUAAGUAUUUAAAAGAUUUUUUAAUUAUUAUCGACGAAUGUUUGGAGCAAAGUGAUCCUGCACCCGAUUAUUCCGAUCAAAUAGAAGUAAAAACAUAUUUGAAGGAUUUUUUACCCUGUGAUAUAUAUUUAAUAGAUGCCGAGUUUGAUGAAUUGCGUAUGCAAUAUUAUAAAGCAUUGGAUACUGGAUUAAACGUAUCUGCUGCCGACGAGUUACAUCACGAGUGGCAUAGCGAGAGACACGCUGUUGUAACACGUUUCAUUGACUCUUACAAACGAUAUGUACCGAAAAUAUAGUAUCGAACAGUUGUAUUUAAAAUAUAACAAAUAUAUGUACUAUGUGUAUAACGAUGAUAAACAUGAUAAACAUUGUGUGGGGUUUAUAUAUAUUUUAAACGAAACGGCUUACGAGAGUUGGUUCUGUCCAAUAUUGUUAUUUUUUUUGGCCAGGGGUUUUGUUAUAAAAUCAGCAACGACGGUGAGUAGAACAAAAUGUAUACAGAUGUUUACAGAUAAAUACGUGGACGUCAGAAAAACGAUUCACUUUAGGCUAGGUAUUAUCAAGAAUCAGUCGUGAAAAAAAGAAAAAAUGGUUAGUACUCGAACAUUUUAUAUCGAAACGAUUGGUAGGAAUGAAAACAUAUUACGAGAAAUAUUGUUAAAAUGGUCAUCGAGCAAGGAUAAAAUGUUAGCAUAUUAUAAAUAUGUUAAAUAUGAUGACGAAAAGGGCUAUGCAAAGAUAUCGGGAAUUAUUCAAUUUCGCAGACGAUUUUCGAAAAAAAUUCUUCGACUAUGUUUUUCCAACGAAUAUAUUGGUCUGGAUAUUUUACAACCCGUUGGGAAACCCUUGAUUUUAACCUUUAUGCAAUUGUGGGUGUUAAAAGAUUUUUAUCACGGCACAGAAGAUGAGUAUGGUGAAUUUAGUCUCGGUGGAAAAAAACGAUGUUUGGCUCGAGCUGCAAAACCCUAUUUGAAUGCUUUAAAACAUACUACCUCCAAAGAGACAUAUUCCACGGAAAUACGUCGAUUACGUGACUUUAAAUAUAUGUUAGAAAAACGUAGAAAAACUUUGUCCAAACAGAAAAGUAGUCAUUUGACAAUCGCAUGUGAACGAUGAUAGAACUGACGUACAAUUUAUGGCGCAGAGGAAAAUUUAAAAAAAAUAUGAUGUAAAAAAAUAAAUUUCUUUUAACCAUCAAUGUGUAAACUUGAUUUAUUUGUGUAUAAGCGUCCGAAAUUUAAACAAAAUAUACUUGUAAAAAAAGAUGGAUUACCAAAUAUGGAAAAAAUGUCAUAGCUUAUGAAAUAAAAAGAUUUUGAUUUUGGGAAUAUGGAAACACAUUUAUUUUGUCGAAGACGAAGAUGCAUCGGUACUAGUUUACGUCAUCUUUGAAAAAACGGGUUGCAAAAGAAAUACACACACAGUUAGAUCAGAUUGGUAAGUUUUUAUUUAUGAUACAUUACAUAGUUAGGUCCUGGUAUAGUGUUUCUAAGUUUAGCGCCUUUUUUUCCCUUUCGUUUUUUACUCAUUCCCAUACCCUUUUGAUAGUUUCUCCGAACCGGUUGAGGGGGUUUUUGUUGUUGUUGUGGGGGUGCACCGGCCAGUAAUCCAUUGGCAAGUUGCUUGCCUGCAGCUAAAAGUUUCUUUCCAAACACUCCCCCUGUUAGUUUUCCCAAAAAAUUACCGCCGUCUUGUUUCUUGCUACGUUGAUAUUUCUUCCCCUUAAAAUUACCCCCGUCUUGUUGUUUUCGUUUACGCCCCAUAUUUUCAUCAAGACCACUUGGGUGUGAAUAUAAGUUUUAUUUUUAAUACAAUGUUUUUAUUGCCAAUAUUCUCGACCAUACGAAGUGAAUAUUUCGUUGUUAGGGGGUAUUUUUUUAGUGGCUUUUAAUUUAAACAUCUGGUUACCCUUAAUUUUGGCAUUAUUUCGAAAAGAUGUACCAUGACUGUCGUUGACAAAACGUGCCGCACCAUCUGUCGUAUAUGUGGCAUCGACACAUCGACCCCGUUUAUUGCAGACGGCAUAUUUUGCAACACCGUCACCGUAUUUUUUAUCCAAUUCUUUUUUACUUAAUUUACGACCCGUAUAUUUGGAAAUCAAUUUUCCCCGUACGAUGGGUUUUUUCCAGGCAAAUAACCCUUUUCCUGCUCCGGCAAUGUUGGAGGGUUUGAUGCGUAGAUUAUUUUGAUUUGCCAAAUGAAUCCAACAUUUUUCUGUGUGCGCUGUUCGUUUACGACAACGAACAUCUUUUUUUGUAUUGCUUACACAUUGUUGAGAUCUACGAAUACUUUGUGAUUUGGAUUUGCGUUUUCGCCGUGUUUGUCGCAAUAGAUUUAAUACAAAUUUUUGACGCCUGGGUGUUUUUUUAGUUCUUGCCAUCUCCUAAACGAUUACCGAAAUGCCUGCGUACACGUCUUUGUGUUUCUCUAUAUAAUUUAUAGCUCGCAUUACUUUAUUUGAUAGAUGCACAGGGACACUAUGCAUUUUACACAUGGCAUCGAGUCGACUUCGUAAAUCUUCAAUGGGGAUUACGGCAAAUGAUUCGAGAUGAUCAUGACACCACAAAGAAAGAGCAUCUUUAAAUAAUAAAGGUAUGAUUGCCAAUUCUGGAUCGUCAUCGUUAAAUUCAUAGGGUGCUACAUAAUUUUCACACGGGUUAUUUUUUACCUUAAAAUGAAUGUUGAUGUGUCCCGUAGCCAUUUUUAACGCGUCUUGCUUUGUCGAAACACAGCUAUAAAAUAUGGGUUCAAAAGUAUGUGCUGGUAGUAGUGAUACCCCGUUCGUUACGUUAGACUGUACGUUUGUUAACGUGAAUCGCAGUCCAAAUGUUAAUCUUGAUAUUGUAGACGCGGGAAAUCGAGAAUGAGACGAGGAAGAAGCCCGUAAACCUACACGUUGCUGUUGUUUUCUAUGGCAUCGUCGUCGAAAAAACGAAAACGAGUACAUGAUGAAGACGAGGAAGAAUUGAAUGAGGAUUUACUAUCGGAAAUCGUACGUAUUAUUCGUACUAGGAACAGAUCUGUACCCGUACGAAAUUACGAUGUUUCAAACGAGCAAAUUCACGAGAUUGUGAACAUAAUUCGAGCAAAUCAAAAUAAACCCGUAAGAUCGCGUAAAUAGACGAUUUAAUAACAAUGAAUUUAUUUAUAAUAUUACCGUAGGACGUAAUAAUACGAGUAGUUUACCCGAUUUCUUGGAAAGUAUGACGACUGUUUUUAAAUAUCUUAUUAAUGUAAUGAAUUAUAAUGCCAAUUCGCCAACGGAUAAAGCACGUUUUUAUAUCUCGAAAGCUCCGACUGCUAGUUUUUCAACGGCCAUCUUAGAUGUUCGUGAUUUUACACCUGCUUUGUUUUUAAAUAUUUUCGAACGACACAUGCAAAGCAAUGCGCGCACAGUGAUCGAUAAUGGUUGGCAAUCUAUCGUAAGUCUAUAUAUUUUCCCCAAUAGAUAUGUGCGUCCACAACAAAAUGAAAAAAAAAACAAUCUAAAAUCUACAAAUAUUACGGUAAAAACCCUAGCGAAUCGGGUAAUGGACGCACAUUAGCUAAAAAACACGGGCGGGAGGUAAGGAAUGGUGUUUUUCAAGUGGUAAGUACAAGAAGUUGUUUUGCUCUUAGCCUGCUUGCGGGAAAAUCUUUUUUACAAAAAGACGAACAUUACAAAACCUUAGACAUAGGUCGAAAUACCGAUCUUACGACAUUGUACACUGACGAACAAAUUGUCGCGGUCCACGAGAGUGCUCGAGUGCCCUUGGGACCCGUGCGGGUUGAUCAAUGUCAUCUAUUUUAUGAGAAUUAUUUACGUCCGGACAAUAUCGACCUGGUUGUUUUUGCCAAGACCAAACACGAUUCGAUUGUAUACGACUCACGUUUAAAUGAACAGGGAGACAUUCAUCGUAUUACAAACGAUGUGAUUUUUUUAUGUUUAAACGACGCUCAUUACGAUCUGAUUAUAUCUUCUCGAAAAUUUAUGAAAAACUGCGGGGGUCGAUUUUGUAUUAAGUGUAUGAAAUAUUUUCGCAUAUUUGAAAAUCGGGAAACGCAUAUUUGUCAGACGGUAGCAUGGUGUAAAAAAUGUUAUGCUCAGGCCGUAAAAUGCAUGCCCGAACAGGAUUUUAAAAUUGAAUGUAGCGAGUGUCACGUGUUAUUUUACAAUCGGAAAUGUUUUGCUAAGCAUUUAACGCAUGCCAUUUUCAAAAAUAGCUAUAGUAAAAAUGUGUCUGCAUGUCGUUUUUUUUUCUUUUGUAAAACGUGUUAUCGUAUUGUUCCACGUAUGCACAGAGUUAGCACUAAAAAAAUGGUCAAACAUAAAUGUGGUCAAUAUUAUUGUCAGCAAUGUAAUGCGAUCAAGGACCGAGACCAUGAGUGUUAUAUGAAAGUUUAUAAGAUUCCGGCAAAGGAAAUGUCGACCGUAUUAUAUUUUUAUGAUCUUGAAACGCGUGUAAACGAACAAAAAAUGAUGGUACCCUUUUAUGCGGUGGUUCAAAAAGUGUGCAAGACCUGUGACGAAAUAGAAUUUGUAAAAUCGCAGGAAAAUUUUAUUCCUCACCCCACGUUAAAACACUGCGAUAGUAGUGUGGAACCGGUAUCGUGCUGCGGUCAUAGACAGUACGUAUUCGAGAACAACAACGAAGAUAUUACUGAAAUGUUAAUGAAUUUUAUGUUAUCACAAACGAGCAACAGUGUGUGGAUUGCACACAACGGGGGGCGCUUUGAUAAUAUAUUUUUAUUGCGUGAAUUAUUAGUAAAAAGAAAUAUAGUUCCGCAUACAAUCAUGAAUGGUAACAAGAUUAUGUGUAUAGAAAUUCAACAAGAUGAUAAUUUAAUUAAAAUCAUCGACAGUUACCUAUUUUUAGCCAUGCCAUUAAGUAAAAUUCCCGAAACUAUGGGUAUACCCGAUUUGACAAAGGGAUAUCACCCGCAUUUUUUUACAGAUUUAAAUUAUGUGGGUCCCAUGGUGGGUUUAGAAUAUUUUGAUUUAUCGAGGGAAUCCGACUUAACCGAAUUUAAUAAAUGGUAUAAAAUACAAACCACCAAGACUUAUGUAUUUCGCGAGGCCGUUUAUUACUAUUGUCGACUUGAUGUUGACAUUUUACGUCAGGGGUGUGUAAAAUUUGCACGACUCAUUGUCAAUAUUACGAAAAUAUUUCCCUUUUACGAUCGCACUUGUUACACCAUUGCGGGGUUAGCAUUGAAAAUAUAUCGAGCGAAUUUUUUAAAAGAGGAUACUAUUGGGCAAAUUCCUCCCACGGGUUAUGGCGGGAAUGUUAAUCAAAGUAUUAUCGCUCUACAUUGGCUUUGCGAAAUUCAACAAGAUCUCGAGAAGCAAGGCCAUUCGCUGCGAAGUAAGUUAUCGCCAGAGGGUGAAGAGAAUAUUUUAAAUUAUUUUGUGGAUGGGUAUUGUCCCGAAACGAAUACGAUCUAUCAAUUUCAUGGUUGUUUUUUUCACGGUUGUAGCAAUUGCUUUGAGGGUGGUGAUAUCAACAAAGUCAACGGACAACGUUUUUAUGUUUUGCGUGAAAAAACUCGUCGUAUAACAAAUCUUUUCGAAGAUUAUCGCUUUAACGUUGUCGAACGCUGGGAAUGCGAGCACGUACAGGCAUGCACAUUGUCACGGACAACCAUCCUCGAAAUGGGUCAUGUUGAUUUUUUUGCAUACAUUAAUUUGAACCCACGCGAUGCACUAUUUGGUGGGCGUACGUCACCUGCUAAGCUAUAUCACGAGGUGACGACAGACGAGAAACUUCGUUAUUACGACUUUACUUCAUUGUACCCCCAUGUUCAAAAAAAAUAUCGUUAUCCGACAAAACAUCCGGAGAUUACACGCGGUGUUGACAAGUGUGCGAAAUUAAAUAUUGACAAAAUUUUUGGGUUAAUUAAAUGUAAGAUUUUAGCACCCCUUUGCAUGUUGUUUCCCGUACUACCUCUUCGCUUAGAGAAAUUAAUGUUUGCUCUGUGCACUGCAUGUGCACGCGAACAGUGUACGAAAUGUACACAUAACGACGAGCAACGAGCAUUGUACGGCACGUGGACAAGUGUUGAAAUUCACAGGGCAUUAGAACAUGGUUAUAAGAUACUUAUCAUUUACGAAGUAUAUCAUUACCCCCAUAGUGCUAAAAUAUUUGACUUAUACGUCGACACGUUUAUGAAAUUGAAACAGGAAAGCAGUGGUUUACCCCGUCAGUGUAUAAAUGAAGACGGAAGUGUCGACGAUGUAAAAGUACGUGCAUACGUUAAGGAAUAUGCUAAACACGAACAAAUUUAUCUAGACCCCAGUAAGAUAGAGUAUAAUGCCGGGCAACGUACUGUCAUGAAAGCGCUUUUAAAUUCGCUUUGGGGAAAACUUGCUCAAAACGAAGAUGUUACCGUCGUAUCAUUUAUAGAAAGUUUUGAUGAUUUAUUAGAGUUAGUAAACGACAAGACGGUCGAGGUGACCUCGUUAGAUUUUAUCAGCGAUGAUAUUGCACGAACCACGCAUCGUAAAGUGGGCGGGUCCCUAACCACUUUGGGUAAUCGUAAUGUUAUAAUUGCUUCGUUCGUUACGGCCUAUGCACGCUUGGAAUUAUUUGAAGUAUUAAAUAAAUUACAGGAAAAUGUUUUGUAUUAUGAUACGGAUUCGGUUAUUUAUAGUGAAAAUCGAGCACAGGGUAAGUAUUUAGAGACGAGUAAAUAUCUGGGGGAUCUGACAGACGAAUUAAGUGAAAAAAAUUGUACCGAAAAAUGGAUUGUUGAAUUUUGUGCUGCAGGUCCCAAAUCCUAUUCAUAUCGUACAAAUAAAUAUAUAAGAACGCUAGAGGAUGGUACGCGGGUAGAAUGUGUGGACGAAGCGACACACGUCAAAGGGUUUCGUUUACAGGGGGAUGCGAAAAAAAAGAUCACUUUUGAUACUAUUUCGUCUUGUGUUCAUAAUCACAGUCAGGAGAUUACGGUCACCUAUCGUGAAUUUACUCGAUGCAAUGCACAAACAAUUAUCGUUCAAAAUAAGGAAAAAACUUUUCACUUUACAUUCGAUAAACGUAUAGUUUGUGAUGAUUUUACAACGCUUCCUUACGGUUACAGAUUAUGAGUUCCUGUCUUUUUUUUUUCAAAGGAAAAAUGCGUGGAUCAUGGUUCUAUACCCUUUCAACAUCCGUUUAUGCUAACUAUGUGUGGGCCGACACAGUGUGGGAAAACAGAGUUGAUAAAAAAAUUAAUUCUUCACGUCGAUGAAAUGAUCAAACCUACACCGGACAAACUAGUUUACUUAUAUACGGCUGACCAAUCGAACUAUGACGACAUCAAAGACAUAAUACGUACGAACAGCACGACAUCUAACUUAAAGACGUUCGAGUUUGUGGACUGUAAUCAAGGUGUUCCCAGCAUUGCAGAAAUAAAAGCUAAAUUGGGCAACGCAACGCUUUUGGUUAUGGACGAUUUAAUGGUUUUAGCGGCUUCUUCUACCAAAAACGUUGAGAAUUUAAAUAAUAUAGCCUCGCGAGAUAGCCAUCAUAUGAACAUGUCCGUUAUCUUUGUGUGUCAGGGAUUAAAUUUCGGAAAUGGAAAAUUACGUAAUGCGCGCGUGAACAGUCAGUAUCACGUGCUUUUUAACAAUCAUUCGGAUAUUCGAGAUAUAGAAAUGAUUGCGUCGAAUAAAAAAAUUAAAUUGGCAAAAAUUCAUAAGGUUCUUAAAUCUGUAGCCAAAAAAAGUCCAUUUGGUUAUAUUUUAUUCGAUGGCUCACCGCGUAGCUAUGGUAAUACGCGUAUACGAUCGGGUGUUUUACCCGGGGAUAAGACAACAAUUUACGAAUGCACUCAAGAUAUGUAAAUUAUUUGUUUAAUAAAUGUGAUUGUAAAAAUGAUUUACAAAUUUGUCCCUUGUGUUUUUUACAUUUGGUUUUAUAGAUCGUGAUAAUUUUUGGAAAAAUCCCGUAGAUCAAUACACGUAGUGCUUGUUCAUUUUCCAUCUGAUCUUCAAUGUCCAUUUGAUCAAAUAGUUUUUCACCACUCCAAUACUCCCAUAGAAAUAAUAGACACCAAGCACCACAGGAUCGACUGAUGUGAGAUUGAUGUUGGAUCGUGGAAUAAUUGGAUACGCGACAUUUAAGAACUGUUUGAAAAUAAUCUAACCAGUACUUGCGUUUAAAAAAUGACGGUGUUUUACCGUAACUAUCAAAAAAUUUUAAUUUUUUUUCAUUUUUAAGAACCGCUAUCCAAUGCGUUCCGGGUUUAUCGGAUUCGUCGAUAUUCCAUAUCCAACAACAAUUUUUACGUAUAUUAAUAGGGCUGACAUUUGCAGGAUAACACCCCAAAUAAUGGGGAGCAAGAAUCUCGUUAGUUCGUGCCAAAUCAUUUAAUUGAUCUGUAUCUAAAAAUUUACUGAUAAAACAAACAAGACUAGUCAUCUAUCGUAAUAGGCGACGUAUUUCUGCGUCCAAAUUUUGAUACGGAUUUAAAUUCGUAGAUCGAGGGCGUCUAUUAUAGGGUCGGGCACUCGUCGUGUGUCGUACUGGAAUACGUGAUGAAGGACGUCGUAAGGGUGUUGUUCUCGAAACCAACUCGUCUUCUGCACUGCUGCUUGAAGGUGUAGGCAGGUCAGGUAAAACACGAAUACCGCCCUCGCGGGUUUUUAUAUAUUCGCUACGAAGGCGUGUACUGCGUAUACUUGACGCAGGCAUUUUAAUUUUUUUCAAAAGUUGCAUGGCUUCUUUUGAUUCAAUCGAUGUUAAAUUUGCAGUUUUCGUAGUUGUAUUAUGAGAUAAAUCAUAAACCAAAUCCUCGUAGGGUAUAUUGUAUCGUGUUCCUUUGUGUGUGGUAUUACCGCUACCCGACCGUGUAACACCGUGUGUUUUAAAAAUUUCGAGAAUUCUUUCCCGAGCUGCUUCCACAGUGGUACCCGGUCGUUGGGCACGUCGACGACCGGGUGUAGGGGCCUCCUUAGCACCUUCGGGGGCAUUGGGGAGUUGAGCGGUCGCCUUUAGCGAUGCUUUUAAUUUAUCUUUUUUGUUCAAAAAAUUCACAACAUCCAUACCUGCUAACGGACUUUUAUUUUUAACACUUUUUGUUACAUCGUGAAAACUUUACACGUAAUCUUGUUCUACGGGAGACGACGUGGCCUGUUCUACGAUAUUUUUACGUUCUAAAGUCUGCUGUAAUGUCGAUAUAAGUUUAUUAAAUCGUUCCGAAUCGACUAAUGUUAAUUCUCGUACACUAUCACUCAUUUUUUACUCAUAAGAUCAAUAACUUCGCGUAAUAUCGAAUGAACUGUGAAAUUUUCACUCAAAGCAACAUUUACGUCUUCUUUAGGCGUACGCUUAUCCAGCAAAUGCCCAAGAAAACGUCGACUGUCGUCUGAUAUAGUCACAGGCACUUUCCCACGAUGAACAUGCUGACAAAGAUUGAGCAUAUUUUUUUUGACAUCCUUCGUAAUAGAUCUUUUAUUGAUGGAUGUAUUUAAAAAUUUUGUCACGCUGGGAAUUACGUGUGAUUUUUUCUUUCGUGUAUCAUCACGCGAUUUUAAUUGUAUUAAAUCACUAAGUACUUUACUAAAUAAUUCAUCACUAAGCCCUAAACUUUCGCCUUCUUCUUCUUUGUCACUUUCACACAAUUCAUUUAUGUACGUUUCGCCAUGCUCUUCUUCUUUAUCACUGUCUACAUUUUCAACAAUUUCCUCGUCGUCGACAGGAACAUCUUCGGGCUCAUCAACAUCAACAUUUUCCACGUCACUAUUCAUUUCUUCUUGGGACUCUUCUAAUUUCUCUUCCUCAAUAAACGUAUCUGCGGGUUCAGCCAUAUUGUGAAAUUACGGGGUGUACAUGCAAAGUUUGUAACGACCGUCCGAAUGAACUUAUAACUUUACCAUCGGCUGGUCUUAACAAUCUGUUCGAUACUCUCCCCUUACCCUUCUUACUAAUACAACAACAUCGUCUUUUUCGAGCUUUAGGCAUUUUUUAAAAAUCGUAUUUUGAACGCGCCGCCGUUUUGAACCCAAUGGACAAUUGAUUUCUAAACUCUCCAAUAAAAAUCAAUUGUUGUGCGGCUUGUAAUGCUGCAGCAUAUUUUAUAUCUGCACUUACUACACCAGCCGUCGAAUUGGGCAAAACUUGAUUGAAACUAUCGCGAUUUGUUGUUAAAUCGACUACGAUAAUACCAAAUACGUUUUGGUACUGUGCAAAAGUUACCGGCAUUUCACUGUAACGCUUGUCUAAAACACGCGUCAAAUUGAGAUAAGCCUCUUUUGCGGUCGUAAUCAACGGGGGUAUAUUUGCCUCGUUGAUUUUUAUCUGAAAAUGAUUGAUAUUGGGAAAUGCCAUCAGAUGAAAAUUUUCUUCGUUAUCGCCAUUGUAGCGAUUUUGUGUUUUCUGACAACAAAUCACACGCGUGGGUCGUGCACCAUUGAAAAGAUCAUUAAUUUGAACAUUCUGGGCACCAAUAGCCAAAGGCUUUGCAACAUAACGAUAGGUUGUGGUAUAGAAUUUACAUUCUUCUGCAUUCUGAAUCAUCAAUUCAUUGAUAGCCGACGAUAAUUGUGCCACUGGUUUCAUCAUGGGAAUGAUUAAUUUCAAAUCUUUUAUUCUCAUCUUAUUCGCAGUGACAUCAGCAUCCACGCCGUUAAAAUAUUUUGCUUUUUCUAAUCUUGUCAAUUCGAUUUUAAAAUCGAAUGACGUCGGGCAAAAACGUUUGUUAUUACCCAAUAUAUUUAGAAUGUCUAAGCAUUCAAAAUCGGCACUAAGGCGAAAGGCUGCCGCUCUUUUACCACCACCUCUGUUAACCAUACCAGCUGCAUUAUCGUGAAAAUUGGCAGUGCUGUCGAAUUGACUAGCCGUGUCGUAAUAAUCCAGACCCAAAUCUCGUUUAUCCAUUCGUCCUGUUGGCGUUCGUGUCAUCAAAGAAUUGAUGUAAUCGAUUUCUGAUUCAUGAGUUGUCGUGGUGUUGACAAGAUCAUUAUUCACGUAUACUUCUUUCGUUUUCCAUCCAAAUGCCAAAGGGCGUGUUAGGGGUGCAAGUCUUUGCGUAUUGGCAAUAUUUGCACCGGCAUUUGUCGUGAUCUGCAAAGUUGCCGAUAUAGUAGCAUCUUCUAACUGUAAGACACCAUAUUCUUGACGGUUGUGAAUAAAUGUAUACGUGUCUGAAUCUGGACUCGACGCUGGUGUUGCGUAAAGUCUUAAUUCCCGCGUUUCCUCGAAUGUAAUAUUAUGAGGAAACGUACUAAACAUUUGCAGGGGUGUGACAAACCCCCCGUCAUGUGUUUCCACAUCCUCUGCCCCAUCGUCUGUUCGCGCACGUUUAACUCCUCUGCCGCUCAUGAUGAAAAGUGAAUGAUACAGUAUCGAGGCGCAUAUUAAUACACGUGUACACACAUAUAUUUUUUUCAAAUAAUAUAUUUAUUUCCCUUGUGUUUUAUACAUUAAUUUUUAAAAUUUUUCCUAAUGUACCUAAAACCAUGGGUGCCAUAGUUCCCAGUGCCAUACCAGCACCAAAACCCCCACCUCGUUGUUUGGAACGUUUUCCUUUUCUACUCUUUUUACCACGUCUCUUGAACCCUUUUCUUUUUUUCAAAGCACUUAAUAGUAUAGCUAAUCGUGCUAGUUUUGCAGCGUUUCGUCUACCGGAACCCAUUGAGUAAUUGACGUAAAAUUCGCGGAUCGAUUUGUGGCUGUCCUUUGGGCGUAUUCACUUUACCCUCUUUGGGAAUUCGCGGAUUCUUAUAAUUGGGGUUUAAUUUACACGGAGGUGCAAUCUUGUCCAAUGCUCGCGCUUCUGUACUUUUCGUCGUUUGAGCAUUCCUUAUUAUACAUAAAUUUGUACCGGGACACGGUAUACCACCACCCUUUAAAUAUUUAAUAUACGUCUCUUUAUCGCACAUGUUUACUCGUCGGCGUUAUCGUAAAGAUUGAGUUCUAGGGUAAUUUUCUGACCGUUAUUAUUACCCAGUUGUCGAGAUACGUCAUCGCUCCACGUAUGUUCGAAAAAAACAAGGCGGUGAAAUUCGUUUAGGGUGUUUGCACAAAAAAAAGAGGGUAAUCUUCUUUUUUUACCACCGUAAGAAAGACCCAUAUUGCUUUGAUUUAAUGUUGUCAAGUAUCUUCGUUCAUGACAUGCAUGAUGAUCUUCUGUAUUAUAGAUCUGUGUCAUACCCUUGAUUUCAUAAUAUUCACCACCACGGCUGUAAUUCCACUCGAGGGGUUCAUCGGCAUCAGUCAUAUAAUACAAUGCAUGUUGACGACGAUAAUAAAGAGUACAUCGUCCCCAUCCUCCUGUAAAAUUACAUCCUAAUUUAUUUACAGUAUAAUAUCGUUUUUUAGUUUUAUUGUAAUCUAUUCCUUUAUUUUUAUCCAAAAUGGUAUAUUUUGUAGGUACCAAUUGACUGUUUUUCACGGUUAAUUCCAGAUGAAGCAUUUUUUUCUACUCCUGUUCAAAGAUAUCGAACUGUAAUGUGAUUUUUUCACCGUUUCGAGCUUUUAAAGCACCCUUAUGUGGAUCACUUCCCCAACGUAUCUCAAAAUGAAUACUUUCGUUUAUAUGUUGUUUUGCCGAUACAAACAUGAACGAGGGAAGAAUUCUUUUCUCGUCAUCGUAAUAAAGAUCGGGAUUGGAUUUAUUGAUCGUUGUUAGAUAGCGAGCUUUGUGACAUCCAAAACCCACAUUACCUGUAUUAAAUACGUCCAUACCCUUCACGCCGUAAAAUUCACCCCCCUUGCCAAAAUAUUUACGGUAUGUAAUAGUAUCAUCGGAACAGUCUGGAAAAUAAUACUUGCGACGAUAAUAUAUUGCGAAUUCGUUGGUACCCCCUAGAUUCGUAUGCAUGUGUUUUAAAACAUAAUAUCUUUUUCGAGGUUUGAUAUUUAGCGUAAACCCCUUGUACUGAUCACAUAACACGUAUUUAGUACAAAUUAAACGAGCAUUGGUAACUUGUAAUUCCAAGCGCAGCAUUUUCUUUUAGUAGACGAUUGCUUCCAACGUAAUUACCCCGGCGCUAAAAUUAAUCGGAUUAUAUGCCGUGUCAAAUAUGCCAAUGUGUAAAGCGUUAAUGCGAGCCUUGACUAAUUUACGCGUUGUGUCCGCGGGUACGUAGACGGCCAACGAUGAACUACUCUGGUCUUCGACUUUAAUGGGUACGGACGCUAAUAGUCUUGCUUUUGUAUCACCUACGAUCGAUUGUUCUACUUCGUCGCAGUAAAUCAUCAUUUUACUGACACCGUUGCUUAGGUCGGGUAUAUGUUUUCCAUAAAAUGUAAAAUGUUCAAGUUUUUGUGGGUCCCCCACGAGUUGAAGAAAUUGCAACCAGGGUAAAUCGGCUUGUGCAUGCCCUAUUUUUUUGGCUGCAAUAUCGGGAUGCACAACCCAUUCUUGUAAACCCAACAUGUAUUCUAAACUGGGGGUCAUGAUAAAAUUAAACGACGUUUCGGUACCCCCCGUAAUAGGUGCAGAUAAUUCACUGUACGGAGUGCCGAUUGUCUGAUAAAUGUACACGACCUUUCCAUUAAAUUUUACACCAACACGAUCCCCUUCCUGUUUAACAAAAACCAUAUCGUAUUCGUCAACUAAUUCGUUGAGAUAAACUAACAUGUCAUCGAGAUCGUAAUGUCCCGCGGGUAAAUACAUCAUGGGAGUUUGAUAUUUGACGACCUGAUUGCUACGUGUAAUAUUACCCAUAUUAAUUUGAAUCCGUAUGCCACAUUGUUUUUCGUGUACAUUUUCGACCGUCUGUGGAUAGGCAAUGUUUAAAAUACGUAUUUCCCGCGGAUGAUUUUCCGCAUCUAUUUCUUCGGGUAAGGGCAUCGUGAAAAUAUUAUUAUAAUUUUCUUUGCCCUCGUCGUUGCGGGCAUUGCUUACGAUUUGAACAUUCAUACUUUUUGCAAUUCUUCCCUGUAAAAUCUACCCUUUAUUUUUUCACCCUUCUCGUCAUGCAGUUCGUAUGUAACUGGAUCGGUGAUUAGAACUUUAUCGACUAUAAAUUUCUCUCGAACCCAACGUUGUAGACUGGACUUUUCAAAUAUAUUAUUUUUUACACGCGACAAACGAACACGAUCGCCUUUGUGAAGUAGAUUACGUGUGGGUUUAGAUUUAUUUAGCAUAUGUUUCAAUACCUUGUAGCUUUUUAUCGAUUUACCCUUAAUGUAUAUAUCGUAGGGUGUUGCGCCAAACAAACCCUGAUGAGGUGAUUCGUUAUAACGUUCCACGAUCACGGGCAAAUAUUGAAUAUAACGAUAUUUUAAAUUUAAGGUUGUCAGGGGUCGUUGUACCAUUUCCUUUAAUGUUCUUAUAAACCGUUCGGCAUGUACGGCUUUUGUCUUGCGAUUAUACGUGGAAAAUAAUUGAAAACCAUAGCGUUGGGCAAGUUGAUUUUUAAUUAUCGAAAAUUCAGUCCCCUCGUCACUUUGUAUUUUUUCCGGUAUACCAUGUUCUCGAAGAAUUUCUUCGAAUUUAUUGGCCACAUUUCGAGCAGAUUUUGUCUUCAACAAUUUCACAAAUGCAUACCGAGAAUAAAUAUCCACACACACAAGCAUAUAACGAUAUUGAUUAUUAUACUUUGAUAAAUUAUUUAAAUCUGCUAAAUCAAUACUCCAUUGUUGAUUACGUCUAGUUACAUGAAUUUUUAAUCGCUUAUACUUAACGCGUUUCUGUGCAUGCAACGUAUACGCUUCGUGUUGUUCAUCCGUGAGUUUUUUGCCUUUUAAAAGACGUGCUGCUUUUUUUAUCAGUUCAUUUGUAUAGUUCUUACUUGACAUUUUUCUUUACGCCUAUAAAAAUAAACUUUAUUCAAUUUGCGCUACUACAGCUUUGUACAUGGUUAACAAUGCUGGCGAAUGAUUUCGUAAAAGACUUAUAUAAUCAAAGGAUGCUUGACUAUUUAGUUCGUCUAAAUGUUUCAAGACUGUCUCUUCUAAUGUGUCACCCGAUGUAAUCAUAUAUUGAAAUAUUGUUGCCAAUGCAUUUUUAGGGGGGUAAAUCUAUUAAAAAAAAUGUUAUAUUUUAGGCCUUAAUAGUUCCACGUUACUUGUCGGGCAUUUUUUUGGGGUUUUGUAAAUUUUCUCGUUACCUGCUGUUCUCUUGCUGAAAAUAACUCGGCAUUUGUGGGACGACUUUUCUUUCGUGUAGAUCCAGCACCGCUACUGCCACCACCACGUUUUCCACCACCUUUUGUUGUAGUUGAAGGAGUUGUGGGGCCCACGAUCUGCUUCUGAACGAUAGGUGCUGUGUUCUCGGGAGGUAAAGUUGAUUCUUCAUCCACACCAAGCAUAUGCUGUAUGUCGGUGUAGAUUGCCAACAUGAUUUUUUGAAAUUUUUUCCAAUCAUCACGUUUGGAAAUAUAAAACUUCUCGAAACAAUCAAACCAUUCAUAUUCCUCGGUGUUUUGAUCGAUUUCGAUAUCUUCAACCGGUUCUGGAUCGGGGUCUGAGUCGUCGGGAUCUGUGAUAACAAUAUCGGGCUUGUUGGCAUUCAUACGCACGAGCACCAAACCUUGAUAAUCGCUGUCGCGGAGCACCAGCUUUGUGGCAUCACCUUUAUAAUCAACACCCUCUGAAAUACAAAAUUCAUUGGGAGCACCUGGCACGCGGGACGCUUUGGAUAGUUGUUCUGAUAAUUCCAGCAAUUCGUCUGCUGUGAUACCAAUACAUGUUUUAUAUAAAAAUUUUGUCUGACCACCUUUCGAAAGGGCACCCGAUGCAAGAUGUACUUUCUUGUCAAAUUUUUCAUACCAGCCUACUUUACUGGUUUUAUUAGCAUACGUGCCAAACAAAUGUUGACAUGUAGCAUAUCGUUUACCGUACACAUCGUAGAUUACAGUUGAGGCCAUUUCUCUACCUCAGCCAAUCGGUAAUGGUGAGAAUCAAAGGCUCGGCCAAUUUAUAUGUUGCGUAUGCAACGAACAUUCCCCCAAAAGUCACUGCGAGAUUUUUUUUAGCCACCUGUGCUUUUAAAUAUAAAUCCACCUCGUGUACGUUGUCGUACAUUUUUUCCAGAUAAAUAUAUUUAUAAUUUAGUUUUGAAAAAGUCAACGAACCGUAUGUAUUGCAAAUUAAUCGAGCAAUUCCCAACGCCCACAAACGUUGACCAAGACCUUUGUUUAACCACGGGGUGUCCAUAAGUACAUACAUGACAUCGGUUAGAUCAGUCAUUUCAUUAUCUGGGUAUAAUAUGUGGCGUGCGUGCGGAUAGACAUGCCUGCCCACAUGUGUAUCGAUAAGACCUUCAAAAUUUUUAUAAUCAUUUUCGUUUUUAAAUUUAUAAUGACCAUACCAUAGUUUUGUAUGCAAAAUCUCACGGGGUAUUAUGCCGAUAUCAUUUGCCAUCGAUGACUGUUCGUAUACUCUUCAAUAUUCUCACCCAAGGAACUUGCCAAAGACGUACGACACGCGUGAAAUAGAAUGGCUAAUAAAAAAACAGAUUUAUCCAAAUAUAUACCCAUACGUAAAAAAUGUUUUUGAAUUGUCAAUUUUAUAUCACAAAAAGAUUUCUUUUUAUACCGUUGACAAUACCGAUAUAAUUCGUACACGUUAUAUCUAUAUUCACGUCGUGUUGCCACGUAAACGUUGUACGCAUAUAACUUGUUUUCGUGAAAAAUAGGUGUGGUACAAAUAUCCAUUUCUAUAACAAACUGCUCGUUUCUUUGACAAAUAGAUAAUUUAAAAUUAUUACCCACACGUUGAACACUCCAAUAUUUUCGACAAUUAAAUAAACGACCAUCACACAUUACCGUAAAACGAUCAAAUUUAUUUAUGUACGGCGAGGGUAUAUACAUAAACGCCAUCACCCGUGUGAAAAGCUAUAAUUAAAUGCUUCUAAACUUAUACUGCGCACAAUAGUUAAGGGUUUGUCACAUAUAUUUAAAUAAUUAAUAAAGUUCCAAUUAAGAUAAGGAUCCCGCUGUACGUACACACCGUAAAUGUUACACAUUGCACUACGCACAUUUUCUAGCGAAUUAUUAUUGCAUAAAUCUAUAAACGUUUCAGUAUAAUCGGGUGCAUUAGGUUCAAUAAUUACACAUCGUCUAUCAUCUAAAUGUUCUACAAGACAUUUAAAAUACUUGUCUCGAGAAUACUCGUUUGAUCUUCUAAGAAAACAAAAAUAUCUAAAAGACUCGUUUAUGUAACCGAAACAAUGUAAAUCUACAUACUGUCUAAUACGCGUAAGUUUUUCAUCGUUUAAAAGAACAACUUGUUUUUCCCCGUCAAUAAGUUCCAAAAGAUUCUUCAUAACGUGUGUUGUAAGACCACCGAGACGAAACGUUUUCGUUGACACUAAGAGUUCCCCUCGUUGUACGUCGACGAAAGGAAAAAAACCUUUUCCAAAUAUCGAUAUUGGAUAGAUAAAUCGAGAAUUUACUAAAUAAUUUUUUCUUAAGAACAAGUUCAGAAUCAAAAAUCUCGGGCGCUUUUACAUGACAACGACAAUACUGACAAAAUUUGUCCACGAUCUCGUCUACUGCUUUCCCCAUAUCAUCUGUGUACGUAUCUGCAUGUCGGUAGUGUUCUUUAAAAUCAACAUAUACCGUAAAACCCUCGUCAUAAACACGAGCUCUGAAUCGAUAACAACAAUAAAGAAUAGUAAAUUCAAAUGUUUCCUCGUCGAUAGCGUACAAUUUUUCAAAUAUAAAACGUACCCGUUGUAAAUGUUCCUCAAAUAAAACUAUGUACAUCUUAAAAGUAGCGUCCGCAUACGAUCACAGUAUUUCCCAUACACUUGUGACACGGAUAAGAUACUUCUAAGUGUGUGGCAUUCACGUCAAAUCGCAAUACCAGUUUUCGUUCCACGCCCCGACUUAAAACAAACCCGCAUUUCAUGUCGUCUGCAAUUAUCAAUUUUCUGUCCUCUUUAUAUUCAUGUAACAUGAGUUUUUGUACCACAAUUUCCAAAUCGAUUACGUGAUCACAUAUACAUUUAAUCUUACGAUAGACGUUACAACUUGUAUCUCGUAUAUUAAUGUAUAAAUAAUUUGCUCUUUUUAACGUUAGCACAGUUUAUUGUGCAACAGCCAUCAUGCGUCGACGCAAAUCACAAAAAGGCGGGACAUUUAAGGGUAAAAAAUAUCAACGCUCCAAAAAAACAAAAAAACAAAAAGGUGGGUUUUUAACCGAUUCUGUAAAUUAUGGAUUUAGCAUGGGUAUGAGUGACCCCAUUUUACAAAAAGGCGGGCAAAGUCAAAUACAAAUACGAAAAAGACCGUGGGUUCAAAGGGUCGGAAAAAUACGCUAAAAAAGAUUAUUUCGUCGUAGGCGGUAUCGUAAAAGGAGAAUGGGGACGAUUUGGUACAAGACGCUUGGGUAUGAGCCCCGGAAUUGUACGCCAACGCGGCUACGGACAAAAACAAAAAGGAGGUUUUAUAAUGCCUCUAUUACAAAUGUUUGGUCUGGGAAAACAACGCGGAGGAUUCGUGGGUAAAAAAUGGAUGGAUCAAGUAUAUGGGUGAAAAACUGAAAAUAACAGUAAUAAAAAAACCCAUGUAAAAUUUUAUAAUUUUUAAUACAUCAUUGGUACAAAAAUAUCGUGUACAAUUUUUCUACAAGUAUUGUUUACACUACAUUCGUAUAGCAAUUCCCCCCAUGGGCAUCGUUCAAUCUAUAUUUUAAUAUACCCUGUUUCCCACAUAUAUCGGGUGCACGACGCCUUAAUGUCAUCCACGCGUGAUUAUCAAAUCCGUUCUUUGCCUGUUCCAUGUGUAUAUAAGUCAACGAGUCCAUCUCGUGAAAACGCACGCCACACGUUUCUUGUCGUGGGCAUGAAAAAACUUUUUUUGCUCACCAUCGUAAUCGGUCGGUGCGUUACACACGCAUUUUAUUUUCUCUCCUCGUCCCACGAGAAUUUGUAAAAGUGAUUUGCGAUAGUCGCAUUUUUUUUCGUCACAUACAAACAACAAUUGAUAUUCGUUAUUCAAGUCGAUAGAUCUUUCUCGUGUGGGAUCUGUUACCCCAUGCCCCGCCGUUAUACGUUCUACGGUUACACGAACGUAACGGCCACACAAACAUUUAUCCAGGGCGUGAAAAAACAUAUACUCUUUAAUAUUAUGUACAAUUUUUGCAUAGGGGCAAAAAUUAACGUCAAAUGCAUUUAUUUUAAAGCCACACGAACGAUCUUCACACUCGUAAUUUACAUCUACCUCAUUUGAAUCGGGUUUCACUUGACGUGCACACACGAGUACACGUUCCUCGCAAAAACACUCGAGCUGUCGACAACUCCAUUUUUCCAAUUUUAAAUCCCAUUUUGAGCAGUUAAUACAGCUGCAGGGUAACUUGGUGUUUAAUUGCUUUUUGGGUUUUUCUCUCUCAAACAGAUCCCCUACUGAAUAAAAAAACGUUUCGUAAAAAAAGUACAUAUUUUGAAAAUUAAUAUUAUUUUGUUAUAAACUUACUAUCUUCUGCCAAUUUUCCAUAAUAUUUAGACCCCAUUGUCGGAAAGAAAAAAUCAAACGACGAUGAAUCCGUGUAAAACAGAAGCUCCUUUACCCGUAAACCCGUGUGGUCAAAAGGGUUGUAACAAAUGCAUGGCCGCUAGCAUCAGUCGUAUGUUAUAUUUUACAAUCGUGAAAAAAACAGACGAAGCCGAACUCGAACGCAACGAAAUCCUACCGAUACAAGCAACACCUGUCAAAAAACCUAUCAAACGAUUACGUCCAGUAAAAAAGCCAAAUCUAACCGUAAAGCCCAUUCGUUUCGUAUCAGCAAGUACCCCCACCGAUGGCGAAUCUCAAUACUACUGUUAUACCCACAUGCAAGUCACAGGAACAAAAUGUUGCGACGACUCCCGAUGUGUGCGAAUCACUCGAAAAAAUGGCGAUUCACCCUGGAGCCUAUCAACUAGCAAUGACCCCACGAUACCAAUCCCUGCCAGCACGAAUGAAAUUCAAUGAAGCAGAAAAAGAAAUGUGGGGAUUCGACUCUUGUCGUUACGUAUCCCCCAGAAUAAAAACAAUGACUUUUCAAAAAAGGACCUCAUUAACAACAUUGCCCAGUAUAGCACGGUUAAAUGACAGGUUGGAUGCUUUGAAUGAUGAUAUUUUGAAAUUUACACGUAUAUAUCAUAUGGAUCCCGAUUUAUUAGAACUAGAUGCACGACUAGAUGAAGUAUUAAAUUCUCGUGAAAUCAACGAAGCUUUCGCCUCGUUACGUAUUAAAAUGGAACAAAAAAAUUAUUCCAUAGAACACAAAGAAGAAUUGAGGAUGCGAUGCACGAACGGCAGCGUUGUAGAAUCAGAGAACGACGCAGAGAACGACGCGAAAACAGAAAACGAGAAAGACGUAGACAAGAAAGAGACCAAAGAGAAAGAGUCAGACGACGAAAAGACAGACAACGCCAAACCGAAAUCCGAAGACUGGUUAACGGAAUAUCUUGACGCAAGGGGUAACACCGUAGAAAUAGAAAAAAUAUCUGAGACAUAUAAACAUAUAUUUUUAUCUAGUGAAUAUAAAGCAGCAGUAAAACAUUUACAAGAAACAUGCAGUUAAAAAGUGUAUGAAAAAAAUGUAAAUUUUAUAUUUUUAUUAAAUUUUACAUAUUUCGUUGAAUUAACCACGAUCUUAUAUAUUUGUCCAUGUCUAUAAAUUUAAUAUCCGUAUAGUUCUUCCUAUAUAUAUCGUACAUAUAACCACUUGUAUGUUUUAAAUCGUCCCCUUCGUCUUUGAGUUGGUAUAAAAAUCUUUCGUCAAAACCCCCUUGAGAUUGAUAAAUUUCUUGUAUUGUAUUCCAUUCUUCGAUCAAAACAGGUGGGACAAAUAGUUGCCACAUCGAAAACGGAAUUCCAUCCUCCAAAAGCAAUUUAUGUUUUACAUAUAUAGCAGCAAUCAUAUAAAAUGUUUUUUGUUCUUCCUCGUUUUGUUCUUCGUCGUACAUUAUUCUGCUUGACACUUUUUUCUAUGAUGAGUUAAAUGCAAAAGUACGUUACAAACAUCUUUUCCGUCCACUUUGCAAAUCGGACAAACACUCUUGUUCGACAUUACUACAAAGGGUCUUAAAUACUUUGCAUUGGGUGGACGUAAAUUUGUAUUCGUCCCGCAGUCAGUGCAAAAAUUUGAUCGAUGUUCUGCUACAUAAUUUUUUAAAUCCUCCUUCAUUUUUUCCAAUUCCAUUUUUUCGUCCCCACAUACUGCUUGCGUCGACCAAUCCUCGUCUAUUUCUUCAGAUAUCUGUAGAUUUUCUACAUUUAAACUCAUUUUGUGACAACAAAUUAUACAACACGCUUAAGAUGAUAGCAUAAACCAAUGAUAUGAUUGUUAAUAUACAUACAAGUUUUAUAUGAAGUUUCAUUUCCGCCGGUUAUAAAUAUAAGACGAUUUCUCAAAAUCAAAUCAGUUUUUUCAACAACGAUGACUGGCUUCGCCUCUAAAGAUUACGACGUUCUUUAUUUAAAAAAUAACACCAAUAUGAAUAUUCCCAUCUACGCCGGUGGUACAACUGCAGUACAUCAAGACAACACGCAUGCCCACAUUGAUAUUAUAUUUGACGAGAUUCGCGACUCUGAUUUUAAAACCCUGGGGGUUUUGGGCAAAAGGGAAUGUGCAAAACUAACGAUGAACAUUGGGGAUGUGGGUUUUCUUGAAAAAAUCGAUACGAAGACUUUUACCCAAGAUUAUCGACAACAUCACGAAAAUAAACGAAUGAGUUUUAAGGAAAUCAAUCACAGAUAAGGUAAAUUUUUUUACUUUCCAUAUAUGGUAAUCGAGUAUAACAAACCUCUACGCCUUUUUUAUAAAUUCGAACAAACAAACUUCAAACCCACAAAAACCAUGGCAGAUCAAUUCACACAAAUUGGUAAUAAAAAAUAUAUGUAUUUUUAUAAUAAUACAAAUGUGUGCUAUCAUAUACUCUUGGUUCCCUCCAUGUCCUACGACGUUUCCGAGUACCCGCAACCCGUUGUACGGUUGGAAGUUCCAACAAUUCGCGGAGCAAUACACGUAUCAGAUUUCAUGCCCGACGAAUACAUUGUCAUGCAAACGGUAAGAUGUAAAAACGAAAAUGAAAAUUCCUUUCGUAAAUCUUUUUUUAAAUUCAUUUUUUCUUCUCUUUAGGUAAAUGCAAAUACAGAUAGACAUGUGUAUAAACUUGUGCAAAAAAUCACGAAAAACGAAUUUUUAAAAAGACUCAUGGAACGAAAUCCCUACGAAUCGUUUAAUGAUAUAUGGCUACAUAAUCUAGUUUAAAAAGUAGAAAACAAUGUAAAAAAUAAAAAUUUUAUUUCCGGUUUACAAUUUCGUUAUAUAUAUAAGGGUGUACACAAACUUCUACAAAUCUAAUAUCUUACCAUGUCACUAACAUUUUCCAUCGAUAUGGCUACUCAAAUUUGCACAUCCCCAGUAACGGUAAAUGUAUUUGAUGAAGACUUGGAAUAUAUCUAUCUACGUAUACGUUCUCCUAAAGAAUUUUGUAUGAUGUUAGUACCCUACGAAUAUCCUGUUCAAAACGUUGCUCCGGGAUGUCUACUUUUUUGUUCAAAACAUACUACAACUCCACAGGAAAUUGGUAUCGUGCCGACCACUGGUGGAAUUAAAAUCAAGAUGGUAAAGUAA